AUGGCACAAGUUUCAUGUCAGCAGCCACUCAAACAUGAGCAAAACCAUAAGAUAUAUCACAUGUCUAUUUCAUGUCCCACCUCACUCAUAAGUAGUAAGGACUGUGGAAUGAUGCAAGAGGCUGCUCAAAUCGACCAUAAAGACGGCAACUCCCCUGAAGUGGAAAGAGCAGUUUUGGACACAAUAUUAACCAAAGAACCCUUGGUUCAGAUUCAUAAAAACCUGGUUACCAAAUUGAAACCUCAUCAAAUAGAUGGUGUUCAGUUUAUGUGGGAUUGCUGUUGUGAAUCUGUAAUACAAAGAAAGAAAUCACCAGGCUCAGGAUGCAUUCUUGCCCACUGUAUGGGUCUUGGAAAGACACUACAGGUGGUCACUUUUCUUCAUACAGUUCUCUUAUGUGACAAAUUGAACUUUACUACAGCUUUAGUGGUUUGCCCCCUUAAUACUGCCCUCAACUGGAUAAAUGAAUUUAAGAAAUGGCAAGAGGGAUUAGAAGAUGACAAAAAACUUAAGGUAUCUGAAUUAGCAACCAUGAAAAGCCCUCAAGAUCGAAGUAUUUUACUACAAAAAUGGCAAGACAGUGGUGGUGUCAUGGUCAUCGGCUACGAAAUGUACCGAAAUCUUGUACAAGGACGGAAUGUGAAGAGUAAAAAAUUAAAAACAGUAUUUAAUAAAACUCUUGUUGAUCCAGGCCCGGAUUUUGUUGUGUGUGAUGAAGGUCAUAUACUAAAAAAUGAAGCUUCAGCUGUAUCCAAAGCUAUGAAUUUGAUUCGUUCAAAAAGACGAAUUAUUUUAACAGGAACACCUCUACAAAAUAAUCUAAUUGAAUAUCACUGUAUGGUUAAUUUUGUCAAAGAGAAUCUUCUUGGUUCUGUUACGGAAUUUAGGAAUCGAUUCAUAAAUCCAAUUCAAAAUGGCCAGUGUGCAGAUUCCACCACGACAAAUGUUCAAGUAAUGAAAAAGCGUGCCCAUAUUCUCUAUGAAAUGUUAGCUGGCUGUGUUCAG